AUGCACCCCAAGAAUCCCUACCACACCAGGCCCGACUUUGUUGGGCUGGCGGGAAAGCAUCCCUCCCUAGCGCCGUUCGUUCAGAGUGGGAAUAUCGAUUUCAGCGAUGCGGGUGCUUUGAGGGCGCUCACAACUGCGCUGUUGAAGGAGGAUUUUGGGAUCAAUGUCGAGCUGCGCCAAGACAGGCUUUGUCCGACAGUUGCCAACCGACUCGACUACGUCCUCCUUUGCCUCGACCUGGCUGAUCCGGGCCCCCUCCGCGCCAUCGACAUCGGAACAGGCCAUGUGGCAAUCUACGCGCUGCUCCUACACCACCUCCGGCCAGACGCACACAUUCUCGCGACCGAACUUGACCCUUGCUCGCUCGCACACGCGCGCGCAACUGUCGCCGCCAACUCCAACUCCAACUCGAUCCGCGUGAUUCCAGCCCCCGAAGGACGGAUCUUCCCGAUCUCCGCAUCCGAUAAGGAUUCAACCAACAAAACCUACGCCUUCACAAUGUGUAACCCCCCUUUCUUCUCUUCAGCCCAACAUGUCGUGGCUAGCCGAAACCUCAAAGGUCCUGCACCGGCCGCGCCGACUGCGGCCAUAAACGAGGAAGUCACAAAGGGCGGAGAAGAGGCGUUUAUUGGGACCAUGAUCGCCGAGUCGACGAAACUUGGCCAGGUACGAUGGUUCACCUCCCUCGUGGGGCGGUAUGAGAGCCUACACUCCCUGGUGAAGCUGGUUCGAGAGGUCACGGAUAACUAUUAUGUCGUCAGCCUGAGGCAGGCGCGCACGGCGCGAUGGAUGUUGAUUUGGGGGUUUGGGAAGGAACGGUUGCCGGAUAGCAUUACGCGUCCAGCGGUGCUGGAUCCGACAACGAGCUUCGCCCGCCUUCUCCCAAGCCCAAAUACGUUCUCUAUCAAGCCGGAUCCACCACGGACGCGUGGGGAGAUUGCGAGCGUCGUACUCAAGGCGCUCAAGGAGUGUGGGCUGUGGGCUGUGGCGUCGGAGGCGUCGGGUGAGACCUCGACAAAGGUAGACAAUGCUCUGGAAAGCGAGGUGCAUCCGAAGACCGAUCCCGACCCCGAGGCCGAGGAAUACAUCCCCCUCGUCCCAACAUCCAACACCUGGUCCCGUGCCGCCCGGCGCGCCUUGCAGCGCGGCGACGGUCCCCCUCCUGCGGCUGAACCACUCUUCCGCGCGCGUCUACGCAUCACGGGCACCGAGGCGGCGGAAGCAGACUCGUUUGGGCUGGCCCGCGGUCGCGCGAACCAGGCUGGACACUGGCGCGGGGGAGGACGAGAUGAGGGGUGGGCGGGCCGGGGACGAGGACGGGGACGGGGACGCGAGACGUAG